AUGAGGAUGACAAUGGAAGAGAUGAAGAAUGAAGCUGAGACCACUUCCCUGGUUUCUAUGCCUCUCUACGCAGUUAUGUAUCCUGUGUUUAAUGAGCUAGAACGAGUUAAUCUGUCAGCAGCUCAGACACUGAGAGCGGCUUUCAUUAAGGCUGAAAAAGAAAAUCCAGGUCUCACACAAGACAUCAUUAUGAAAAUUUUAGAGAAAAAAAGUGUAGAAGUUAACUUCACAGAGUACCUUCUCCGUAUGGCAGCUGAUGACGUAGAAGAGUAUAUGAUUGAACGACCAGAACCCGAAUUCCAGGACCUAAAUGAAAAGGCGCGGGCACUUAAACAAAUUCUCAGUAAGAUCCCAGAUGAGAUCAAUGACCGAGUGCGGUUUUUGCAGACAAUCAAGGAUAUAGCUAGUGCAAUAAAAGAACUGCUUGAUACAGUGAAUAAUGUCUUCAAGAAAUACCAAUACCAGAAUCGCAGGGCACUUGAACAUCAAAAGAAAGAGUUUGUAAAGUACUCCAAAAGCUUCAGUGAUACUCUGAAAACCUAUUUUAAAGAUGGCAAGGCAAUAAAUGUGUUUAUAAGUGCCAACCGACUAAUUCAUCAAACCAACUUGAUACUUCAGACCUUCAAAACUGUGGCCUGA